AUGAGAGCAUUAAAUGUACUUAUUACGUCGUGUACCCGUCCCGAAGCCUAUGACUUACUUUCCCUUAUUGGAAGGGGAAAAGUUUUUGGGGAACGUCAACCUGUCUCAAUAACUCUAUAUGAUGAACAUAGUCAAAAUUCCAAAUUGAAAAUUCUUGCAAGCGAAAUCAAAGAUUGCGCUUCGAUAGUUCUGCAAGAUAUAUACGUCCAGGAUGGUCCUGAAAGACUCUUCCGUGAAAUAGACUUUGCAAUAAUGCUAGAUACGAUUGAAACUGUCAAUUCUUUGCUUGGUAGACUAAAAUUGUGUAAGCAAGUGUACGCGAGAUACGGGAAAUACCUUGAAGAAGGUGCAAAACAAUCCAUAAAUAUCAUCAUAGCUGGUGACCCAAUAUACAUAAACGCUUAUUUUAUGAGUAGAUACGCACCGUCCUUUUCCAAAAGCAGUUUUACUGGAUGCUUAAGAAUGGAACAUGAUAGAGCUACAUCAAUGGUCGCAAAAAAGCUUGACGUAUCAGUUGAUUCUGUUAAAAACACAGUCAUAUGGGGAAACUCAAUGUCGAAUUUCCUUGUCGAUAUCUCUCAUGCAGAAUUUCAAGCCGAGAGCAGACUUUACAAAUCACCUAUCGAACAAAUCAAUAACGAUCACUGGAGAAAGUACAUUCUCCAACCUUACGUCAAAAAUAAAUGCUCAGAGGUGUCACCAGCUAGUGAAAUAGGCAUCUGCAAAGCUAGAGCUAUUGCCAGUCACAUCAAAGAUUUAUGGUUCGGAACUUCAACAAAUUGGACAUCCAUGAUCGUCCAUAGCAGCGGUGAAUACGGUGUACCGAAAAACAUAUUCUUUGGCUUCCCUGUUUCAAUACGAAAACCCCAAAAUCAACCCGAAAUAUUUCAAAACUUAAAAUUCCAUGAAUGGGAGGAAGCACAAUUUGUACAAAAUAUUCAUAAAAUCGACGAACACAGCAAAAUUCUUCAGAAGAUUUGUGAAGGCAAAGAAUUAGAGGAAGAACCAUGUCUUGUAAGUACAGAACAUAAGAAAUGGCUUAAUUUUGGAAAAUAA